AUGCGACGCGUGUCCAAGUACCUGCAGCAGCUCUCCUGCCAGCUCGACGCCCUCAAGGCGCUGCCGCUCAGCACCCUGGUGCAGCUGCGCGCGCCGGUCGUGGUGCUGCUGGGGCCCUCAACGCUGCGGCCCAAGGAGGUCUACGCCGUGCGGUUCGUGGCGCCAGGCAGCGGCGGCGGGGCCCAGCAAGGGUGCCAACAUUCGGCUGAGCAGCAGCAGGCGCCUGGGCCGAGCGCCAAGGAGCUGGCGUCUGCGGGCAAACGGCUGCUGCGAGCGCUCAUCGUGCAGGGCGGCGCAAUAGAGGAGUGGACGAAUGUGGCAGCUGCCACCAAGAUGUUCAUCAUGGUUCAGGCCCCCGCCUCCCAGGCCCCGCCAGCUGGCUUCCUGCCGCGGCGGGGCUUUUCCCUCAACUUGCGCAAGGCCUUCCAAGUCAACAUUGAGGUGCAGCUCGCGACAGGGGAGUGGCCUGAGCCGGCAGCGGCAUCCAAGCAGCAGCAGAAGCCGCAGCAGCACACGCCCCAGCAGCAGCGGCAGCAAGGGCCGUCGCAGCUGUCUCUGGAAGAGCAGCUUGAGGUGUCUAUGCAGCUGUGCGACUCUGCAUCAGACUCAGAUGAUGACCAACAGCGACGGCGGCAGCGCAAGGACCACUACCAGCAGCAGCAGCAGCAGCAGCAGCAAGGCGCUGAUGAUGUUGGUGGUGGCGGCACAGACACGGAGAACGGCGACGGGCUCUUGUGGCUGCAGUGCGUGCACGCGGUCAAGGGCAUGCGCCAAACGGAGCAAGCGUGA